AUGGGUGAUACUGGAAAAGAAAGGAUGCUGGGACUGCCGUUUGGGAGCUGUGUGCCCAUCAGUGACGGCCCCGUGAACAACGGCACUGGAUCUUUCUUCUGUGUGACACCCAAGGACCCCAUGGUGGCCGAUCUGAUGAAGAACCCCAUGGCGUCUCUCUUGCUGCCGGAAUUGGAAGGAGAGUUCUGCAGAAAAAAUAUCGUGGAGCCAGAGGAGCCCCAAUGCUCCCGGUUAACACUCACCUGCCAGGUGACUGCAGUGUCUUCAGAAGAAGUAGAGUUUGCCAAACAAGCCAUGUGUUCAAGGCACCUGGUUAUGAGGAAGCGGCCUCAUCAACACAAGUGGUUCCUUAUGAAGAUGAAGGUAGAACAUGUCUGGCUUCAAAAGUGGUGUGGAGGAGUACUGGGCAUGUCGAGGGAGGGAUAUUUCAAAGCCGCUCCAGGGAGGACCUGA